GUUGCGCGAGUCCUCAGUUAAUUGACGGCAGAGGCCCAACAUAAUGUUCACAAAAGUUUGACGGGACGACGCAUUUGGGGAAUAUGCUCCUUUUGCGGUUUUGCCUAUGGAGAAUUUCUUGCUUGAGAGGACUUUCCGAUUCUCAACUCCCUCUCCAUUUCCAUUUGCAACUUCAUUUCUGUAAGCAAUGAGCUUGAAUAGAGCUCCUCAAAUAUAGAACCCUAAACCCACCUUUAGGGGAAGUGCCAACUAUUUUUAGAUUACAUCAGUCUUCUUUUUCACGCAUUGAUGCCUACCCCUCGUGUUCUCUCUGCUCUUCGCCGCUUUCGCCAUACCUAUCAAGGCUCCCAUUCCGGUUCUCUAUCUGCAGCGCUCUCACCUUUACAAAAGAAAUUUGAUUUUGAUAAUUUUCACUUUUGCCCAUCUAAACUCCAAGAAGAAGAAACUGAACAUCAUUUCGAUGCUUACCAUAAAUUUCAUUGCAAUCCGAGCUCCCAGAUCAGUGGAGGAAUUCCGUCACCGUCUUCAUUUGCAUUGCGCAGUAUAUUCUCGGUUAAUUCCUCACGAAAUGUAGUCUUAUUGUCUUCAAUUUCCAGAAGAAAUAGUCAUCUGUUCUUCAGCCGGGGUUUGAUUUCCAGAGCUAAGAAGAUAAGGACGAUUGAGGUGGAUGAUCAUGGCCAGCGAGCAGUCACAACAGCUUUAUGGUGCAAUUUUCUUGUCUUUUCCCUGAAGUUUGGGGUCUGGUUUGUCAGUUCCAGCCAUGUCAUGUUGGCUGAAGUUGUACAUUCAGUUGCAGACUUUGCAAAUCAGGCACUUCUUGCGUAUGGUUUAAAUAGCUCCAGACGUGCACCAGAUGCUAUCCACCCAUACGGCUACUCCAAGGAAAGAUUUGUCUGGUCUUUAAUAUCUGCUGUUGGUAUAUUUUGUCUUGGUUGUGGUGCUACAAUAGUUCAUGGAGUUCAAAACUUGUGGACUUCUGAGCAACCUGCAAAUAUUGGAUAUGCAGCACUGGUGAUUGGUGGCUCAUUCAUUAUAGAGGGUAUUUCUCUCAUUGUAGCUAUACAAGCUGUCCAAAAAGGAGCUGCCGCAGAAGGAAUGACAGUGAGAGAUUAUAUUUGGCGUGGCCAUGAUCCUACAGCUGUGGCUGUCAUGACUGAGGAUGGUGCUGCAGUUACAGGCCUAGCCAUUGCUGCUGCAUCACUGGUUGCUGUAAAUGCCACUGGAAAUCCAAUUUAUGAUCCCAUUGGUUCCAUUAUAGUGGGCAACCUUCUAGGAAUGGUUGCGAUAUUUCUGAUUCAGAGAAAUCGCCAUGCUUUGAUUGGUAGAGCAAUUGAUGACAAUGACAUGGACAGGGUUCUGCAGUUCCUGAAAAAUGAUCCAGUUGUUGAUUCCAUUUAUGAUUGCAAAAGUGAGGUGAUUGGACCUGGGUUCUUUAGGUUUAAGGCGGAGAUAGACUUCAAUGGCGUAGUGCUGGUUCAAAAUUAUCUAGAGAGAGCUGGACGUGAAGUGUGGGCUAAGCAGUUUCGGGAGGCUUCAGAGCAGAAGGAUGAUGCAGCAUUACUGAAACUGAUGUCAAUCUAUGGUGAGGAAGUUGUCACAGCACUAGGGAGUGAAGUUGAUCGGCUAGAAAAGGAAAUCCAGGAAAUAGUUCCUGGCAUUAGGCAUGUGGACAUUGAGGCCCAUAAUCCAAUUGGACCAUCCCCAUGAGUGUAUAACUUAAUACUGAGCUACGCAAUAACUUUAUGUUCAAAUUAUAACAAAAUGAGAUACAAUUGAUGAAUUAUGGGAAGUAUCAUUUAGCUCGGGAUGCUCUCAACUGAGCUUUCAGUGUAGUACUUGUUUGAAGAAUUUGUCGUUUCAGUGUAGGAGAUAAUGAUCCUUUGCUCGUCUUUUUUCUUGUGAGUACAAAGGCAGCUUUUAUUCA